ACAGCAAAAUGAUAAGGUUAGCGGCUCAACUGCUGAAGUCAAAAGUUACAAUCGCUUCAUCCGCUGGAAGAGAUCUAGGGUUUAUUUAUUAUUAUUUAUUUUUUCCUGGUCGAAAAUCAGGGUUUUAGAUCACAAUCAUCGCGAAAAUCGAAGGACCCAAGAUCGAACGCCUUAGCAAAAUCUUAAGCGAUGCGCGUGCCUCUUGAUCUCGCCGUUCAAAGAGAUUCAAAAGUAUUCGAUUCAGUCUCUGUAUCUUCGUAAAAAGCAAAGACCCUCAUCUUGUUCGGACCAGGCUCGAGCAGUUAUGGCGAAGAUUAGACCAGGCAAGAGAGACUUAGACUCCUACGCCAUUAAAGGCACCAACAAAGUAGUGAGAGCGGGAGAUUGCGUGCUGAUGCGCCCGUCUGACACUGAUAAGCCCUCAUAUGUGGCGCGUGUUGAGAAGAUCGAAGUUGAUAACCGGAACAACAUGAAGGUUCGGGUGCGGUGGUACUAUCGGCCCGAGGAGUCGUUGGGCGGGCGGAGACAGUUUCAUGGAGCUAAAGAAUUGUUCUUGUCUGAUCACUAUGACGUGCAGAGUGCUCACACCAUUGAGGGGAAGUGUACGGUUCACUCUUUCAAGAACUACACCAAGCUUGAUAAUGUUGGGGCGGAGGACUACUUUUGCCGGUUCGAGUACAAGGCUGCAACUGGGGGAUUCACUCCAGAUCGAGUGGCUGUGUAUUGUAAAUGUGAGAUGCCAUAUAAUCCAGAUGAUCUAAUGGUACAGUGCGAGGGAUGCAAGGACUGGUUUCAUCCUUUUUGUGUGGGGAUGAGUAUUGAAGAGGCAAAAAGACUAGAUCGCUUUCUGUGUUAUGGUUGUUCUGAUGAGAACAGCAAAAGACCUGAGAGUACAUUGCCUUCUGUCAAUAAGGUAGAGCCAAAGCGUAGGAAGAAAUGAAGGCAUCUGGGAGAAGGGAAAGAAGAACCAGGCAUCAAUGCAUCUUGCGCAUUUAGCCCUUUGCGUUGUUGUGAGUUGUACAGUGGCACGGAGAAGAAUGUUAUGCCUUGUCCAGACUGGAGUCCCUUUGUUGAUUUGUCUUUUAACAUGUGUGUUCAUUUAGGAGAUCAAUUUGUAAUGUUCAAUCUGUGCAGAAAAAAAUGAGAAUAGGUUUGUUUAGUUAAUCCAACUAUUUAUAUUGUUUUUCAGGCCUUUUCUUUAGAGUGGGGAAAAAAAAAAAAACGCUGAUAUCAAAA